AUACAUUGUAGGUAUUUCUUCAUUUCCCUAUUAUACAUUGUUUGCAGACCUUAGUUUCCUUUUUAUACAUUGUAACCAGGGAACAACUUGCAAGGAGACUCUUUAUCCCUGAAGAUGGAAACAUCCCCAGUUAAGGUCUACACAAGAGGAUGGAGAUACAAGAUGCCUUAUUGGAGGAAUUGGAACGCUCCACCCUCCAGGACAGUGAUGAAUAUUCAAACCCAAUUUCUUGUCACCUGGAUCAGCAAUCCAAACAGGAGAGCAAACUUCCCCAAACUCCAAAGACCUUGUCAUCUCAGAGUUACACAAGUCCCUUGAAGGUGCAGCUCGUGUAUACGACCAAUAUCCAGGAGUCCAAUGUCUACAGUGAGGUACAAGAGCCAAAGGAAUCAGUACCACCCCCUAAAACUUCAGCAGCUGCUCAGCUGGAUGAACUCAUGGCCCACCUGAGUGAAAUGCAGGCCAAGGUUCCAGUGACCGCAGAUGCCAGCAAGAAACACUUACCAGACAAGCAGGACCACAAGGCAUCAUUGGACUCAAUGCUUGGGGGUUUGGAACAGGAACUGCAAGAUCUUGGGAUUGCCACGGUUCCUAAGGGCCACUGUGCUUCCUGCCAGAAGCCAAUUGCUGGGAAGGUGAUCCAUGCUAUGGGGCAAUCUUGGCACCCAGAGCACUUUGUCUGCACUCACUGCAAGGAGGAGAUUGGCUCCAGUCCCUUCUUUGAGCGGAGUGGCUUGGCCUACUGUUCCAAGGACUACCACCAUCUGUUUUCUCCACGCUGUGCCUACUGUGCUUCUCCCAUCAUGGAUAAAGUGCUGACAGCAAUGAACCAGACGUGGCACCCAGAGCACUUCUUCUGCUCUCACUGUGGAGAGGUGUUUGGUGCAGAAGGCUUUCAUGAGAAGGACAAGAAGCCAUAUUGCCGAAAAGAUUUCUUAGCCAUGUUCUCACCUAAGUGUGGUGGCUGUAACCGCCCAGUGUUGGAAAACUACUUUUCAGCCAUGAACACUGUGUGGCACCCAGAGUGCUUUGUGUGUGGGGACUGCUUCUGCAGCUUUUCUUCUGGCUCCUUCUUUGAACUGGAUGGCCGUCCAUUCUGUGAACUCCAUUACCAUCACCGCCGAGGGACCCUCUGCCAUGGCUGUGGGCAGCCCAUCACUGGCCGCUGCAUCAGUGCCAUGGGGCACAAGUUUCAUCCUGAGCACUUUGUGUGUGCUUUCUGUCUGACACAGCUGUCGAAAGGUGUCUUCAGAGAGCAGAACAACAAGACCUACUGUCAACUCUGCUUCAAUAAGCUCUUUUCACUGUAGUCCCCUUUGAUCCACAUCUACUUCUGAGACCAGGGCAGGGAGGAGCACAGUUUCUUUCCCUGACCUUCACUCGGUGGGCUAAUAGAGUACAAGAAAUGAGCAAAUAAGGGAAUUUCUAGAUGUUACUAGACUUACAAACUUAUUUUUGAAGCUACUUCUUAUUUUUUAAUUAUGUAUUUGCAUUUAGAUUUAGAUCAUGCUAUCAGGACCCUCUGAAGGUAUAUUUCUCAUGUGCACAAUUCAUUCCAGCACUGGUUUUCUUUUUCUCACAUUUUACCUCUGCUGAUGCCCCAUUUAGAUCUUUAGUUGUGUGCCCCAUAGUCUGACUCUUCCUUUCUCUUAGGAGUCAUGACACUACUCUUAAGCCCUUAGUGCCUUUCCUCAAUGCAUUUUGCUAGUUUAAGAGGAAGUAUAUUUUAACUGACAUCUGUGAUGAAUAAAGCAGCUUGUGGUUUUGGUGACUCAUUGUCAUAUUCAUGUGAUAGAUAAACUUUUUGCUUCCCAUAUUAUAGAAUACCAGAUACUAUUUGUAUCUAAAUUUGUAUCCCUUCUCUUUUUUCCUUGUAUACAGCAGAUAUACCCCUUUUUAAUCAGAAGAAACUAAAAGAGGAGACCUAUUGUUUAUAACACAUCUUUUUAGUUUGGGCCUUUAGCCAUUUUAUUUUUGAGACGUAAAUCUUUGAAUCAUUACAAGGUAACAAGGCUUUUAGAAUUUGUUUUCACUUUUUCUAAAAAUAUCUGAUUGUCCAUUAAAUACCUUACAAAUGCAUUUCAAAAAUGAAAAAU